AUGCGCUGCUCCAAAGAACUCCGCGAGCGACAGGAACUUCGCAAGAAAUUGUUUCCAAAUGAUCCUCCUCCAACUUGCCCUGCUCCUUGGGAUACGGUCUGCGCAGAGCCCUUCGAAUCCAGGCGUCAUGGCAAGUGUGAUGCAUGUAACACGAAGCAAAAGAAGAUCGAGGAAGACACGAAGCUGAGACUGCAGACGGAAAGAUUGUUAUACGAGCGGAGAACUUGGAUACCACCGACCGGGGAGCAUCUGAAGACCACGCUGCCUCCGAGCCCGCUGCCCUGCGGGUUACCGGAAGGAUGGUGGAACAAUGGGAAGUUUGUUGCUCCUAACCCCAAUGCUCCCAACCGUGGUCCAAGGCCCAGCACUACCGUCCCCCCCGUCCGCAUUCCUGGCGCACCACUGCCGGUCCCUCCCAGAGGCGAUAUUCCCAGGGCCAACACUCCCAAUCCCGUUGUCCCCAUUCCACGUAUUGCCAACCCUGUACCUCCCGGGUUGGGCGCCACCAUGAUCGACAAUCCGAGGUACCGCAGUCCCAUGCCUGGAAUUCCCGUCAGUGGUCUCCCCAAUCCGGAGGCCCCCAUAGCCGGCGAUCGCAGGACUGCCACUCCAGGUCCCAGGACUCGCAAGUCUAGUGAGCCCAACCCUGCCGUCCCCAACACCGUCGUUCCCAAGUCUGCUUCCACGACCGAUAGUCGCAAAGCUAGCACUCCCGAACCCGGUACUCACAAGGCCCGUGUUCCCAACCUCCCUGGCCCCAAACCCGUUCCCAAGGCCGCCGCUUCUGCGGCCACUAUCCGUAGGGCUGCCACUCCGGGGCCAACCACUCUCAGGUCCGCUGUUUCCAACUAUGCCGAUCCCGAUGACAUCAAGCCCAUGCCCGGAGGUUUCUUCCCUUGGGGUGUCAAGCCCUUCAAACGCGUGCCUCGCAGUCCGCCCGUUGUUCCCAGCCGCGGACUCCCCAACCUCGUCGUUCCUAUCCCCGGUCCUCCCACCACCGAGAAUCGCAGGGCUGCCACCCCCGGUCCCAACACUCGCGUUUCUAACGUUCCCAUCCCCCGAGCGCCCAAUCCUCCCCCUAUUGCUGGCGCUCCUGCCCACGACGAACUCUUCCCCGGAGGUCGUAGGCCAACUACUCCCGGGCCCAAUACUCGCAGGGUCGGCAUUCCCCUCCCCGACUCUAUCAUCCCCGGCAUCCCCAUAGCUGGUGCUCCCAUCUACGAUGAUGCAGGCAGGUCUGUCACCCCCGCUCCCAGCACUGCAAGGCCCAAGACCCCUGCGCCGCCGAAGAAAUGA